AUGCGUAUCAUCCUCCCAGACUUGAAAUAUGCUGACGCGCUAAAAGACGCAGGCAUUUCCACUCUCUUCGACAGACGAGCCCAACUAUCAAGUAAUCUUUUUAAAGAUAUUGUUAAUAAACCGGAUCAUAAGCUCAGUGGCCUACUUUCACCACAAGCAUAUCAUCAUAACGAUUUAAGGAGUGAACGAAGGUUUAAUGUACCU